AUCAUGUUCGGAAUGACUCAGCGAUAUUCAACAAGACAAAGCAACCCACAUCAGUGUGAGAUCCUGCAAUGCGAUAUUUUCUACUACGUCUUCUGGUAAUAUCCGUUGCAGCAGUGUACUGUACAGAAAACAAGGACAAGGCUUCAAUCAUCCCACUCACCACUUCAACUACCCAAUUCCACUUUGCAUCAGGAAACAUCACUGCCAACAAGAUGGCUGAUGAAGGGGUACCAAGGAAUGUGAUCAAGUCCGUCUUAAGUGUUGAGCAGUCAGAGGGCGUAGGGGCCAGAGUCAGACGUAGCAUUGGCAGGCAAGAGCUGCGUAACCUGGACCCUUUCCUGUUGCUUGAUGAAUUCCGAGUUGCAGCUCCUGCUGGCUUUCCCGAUCAUCCACAUCGAGGCUUUGAAACAGUGACGUACUUGUUAUCAGGGUCAGGAACACAUGAGGACUUCGCAGGUCACAAAGGAGUCAUGUAUCCCGGAGAUCUUCAGUGGAUGACCGCUGGCCGAGGAAUUGUCCACUCUGAGAUGCCCAAUGGGAAGGAUACGUCCCAUGGUCUUCAGCUGUGGGUCAAUCUGGCCAAAGAAUUCAAGAUGGUGGAACCAGAAUACCAAGAACUCCAAGCAAAGAAUAUUCCUCUCGGAAAGAAGGAUGGUGUCUCGGUGAAAGUCAUUGCUGGGGAGGCGCUAGGAAAAAAGGCCGAGGUACGAACUAGGACUCCCACUGCCUACCUUGAUUUCACAUUUGAAAGUGGAGCCAAGCUGAGACAGCCCGUCAUUAAAGGAAACACAGCCUUUGUAUACAUCUUAUCGGGAAAGGCUCAGUUUGGAACUGGAGAAGACAAGAAAGAAGGGGAGCCACAUAACACUCUCGUUCUGUCCGAUGGAGACUUCCUGGAGGUGGAGAAUACUGGAAGUGAACCGUGCCAUUUUGUGCUGAUCUCUGGGACCCCCAUCAAUGAGCCUGUUGUCCAGUAUGGCCCUUUUGUGAUGAAUACUGAGGAUGAAAUACAGCAGGCCAUCUCAGACUACCGCACAGCUAGGAACGGAUUUGAGAAAGCCAGAACAUGGAAUUCUGAAACGGGCAAGGCCAAAUGAUGAUUGCAUUAUCUUUCAAUAGCUUUAAAAGGAUCCAAAAGGCUUUUAAAUCAAUAAUUUCAAAAAGAAUAGUUAUCUGUUUGGUCAAAGACUUGUAGAGAAGCACAGAAAACACAUUUUAACAAAUUCUGUGAAUUUGAAUGAGAUUAUGGAGUAACUCUAUAACCCAUAGAAUAUGGUUUUAUUUUGGUUUAACUUUCAUUUUUAUUUGAAUGUAACCCUGAGAUAUAUCAGGCAUCAUUGUGAAGAAGCUUAUGUAGUGAGAAAUUAAAAGAUAACUGUAGUGAGCUUGUAAUGAAUGUCGUAGAACGCUGACAAAUGAAAAUGAUACAAAACAGGAAUAAUCUGCAUAAAUUCUAAACGUUGGACAAAAAUUGUGUCCACAAGUUUUAUUGAUUCGUGAUUCAGUACUAGCAAAAUUUAACAUUGUACUUGUUGUGGUUAAAUACCGUAUAACUAUAAAUGACGAUUAUGUAUUUGAAAAAGGUGAUUUUGUUUUGGAAUGUUGGUUGAAGGUGGAGAGCCUAUGAAUUGUGUGUGAAGAAUUUUCUUUUGUGAUCAAUUAGUGUUUAGUAGAGAAGUGGCAAAUUUAGAGUUUUCUUUUUUUGUUGGUUACUAAAUUAUAUAAUUAUGUAAGAUUUAUAACUGUCGCAUGUCAUAAAAAGUUGCAAUAUAUCUGAAAUAACCUUUUGAAGGAAUAUAUAAGUUUGUAGUUUCUAUUUUGUAAUGUUUCUCUUUUUAAACCCAUGUAUGCUAUUAUCAUAUGAAAUAUUGGUUUCUAAUUUUGUUUCAGAGAAAUUGGGAGAAAAAUCAAAAACAUGUACAAAUAUUUAAACAUUUUUUUUAAACCAUGGAGGUUAUUCAAAUAUUUCAAGUAUUUUGCCUACAAUCCCUUUUUAAGAUGUAUUACUGUAGACUUUAAUUAGUUCAAACUAUCAAAAAUACUAAUUGAAAAGCAAGUUCAUUUUUGUCCCAAUCUCCUUCAUCAUUAAGAUCAUGAAAGUCAUUGCAAUGCAUUGUAUAGGUUAUUUAUUUGUAUUUUUUUGUUCUUCAAUAUUAUAGACAGAAGCAACAAAGUAAGGGGGCAGUUUGAUAAGGAUGGGGUUGGUCAAGAAAGUUGGUUAAAGGGCAAGUCCACUCCAAAAAUAACUUACUUUCAAUAGAAGCAGAAAAAUCAGACAAACCAAUCAA